UAGUCCGGCGGACAUCACCAAAUAAGGUCGUCGCGCAAGCGUGUCUCGCAAACGGAGUGUCUGCACGUCUCCAAAAAACCUCUCUUAGUUAUUAGACAAACCCCUGCAAGUCUCUCUCGGUGCCGAUUACGACAGUCAUUGAAUCAGAAAGGCGGGUCGGUCGAGGUCCCAUUCACUCGGAAGGAUGACUGCAGCGAUUGGCGGCGGCUUUCCCUUCCUGGACGACACCAAUGCACCAAAGUUCCGUUCUCUGUUUCUUCCAGCCUUGCAAAAGGUACAGAGACAAGUGCAUGCCAAUCUCAGCAACGAGGACGACGCUCUCAUGUAUGUGGAGGAAUUGAUGUACAUAAUUCUAGGCAGUCUCUGCGCCAAUCAGCCUCGCAACACGACGGACAUGGAGGAGCGCGUUUGGAAGACGUUUCCACACCCUGUCGACCAGUGGGCGGUGAAGGAGGCCCAACGAGCGCUCGAGAACCACAAGAAAAAGCAGGUGUUAGUAUUUCCGGCCGACAAACUGCACUCGCUGCUGCAGAAGGAGGUGUGGGGAUAUAAGGUCGAUGAGAAAGUGUCUAUGUAUGUGACUGCAGUUUUGGAGUACAUGUCAGCUGAUAUUUUGAAAUUGGCUGGUAACUAUGUGAGGAAUUCGAGACGUAAUGUGAUCACUAAGCAAGAUAUCAAAGUGGCAAUGAAUGCAGACAAGGUGCUGUUGGAUAUGUUUGAACAUGACACUGGUCCGAUUAAGGAUGAGAGCUACAUCGCUGAUCGUGCAUCAAUGACGUAUGAAGAACUUGUAAAGGAUGUGCUACUGGAAGAAUCCCAGUACUUGAGAGAUAUUAACAUGAUUACACAUGUCUUUAGAAAGUCAUUCUUGGACGGCGGAUCAGAGUUCUGUAGAGAAGAUAUCGACCUCGUGUUUGGUAACAUUGAUGAAAUCCAGGAGUUAACUGUAACUCUGCUCAACAGUCUGGAGGACGCACAAGAGAUGUGUGAUGAAGGCAACGAGGAGGGAGACGAGGAGGAGGAAGAGACGGCUAAACAUCAUCCUCCCAUCGGCGUUUGUUUUGAAGAUCUGGCUUUGGAUAGCGAAUUUGAUGUUUAUGAAUUAUAUGCUGAUAACUUCUCUAACGUGCAAUCAAGUUUAGACCGAAUUCUUUCUGACGACAGGAUGGUUACCCACUUUCGAGAGACGGGGCCUUGCUCAGGAUUUUUGGAAGCUGUUCGUUACGUUUUGCCUAAACUUCUUCUGGUUCCCAUCUCUCACUGUUUCUACUACUUUGAUACGUUGAAGCUGUUACGAAGGCUUAGCCCUGACGAAGAGGAUCAGAAGAGUUUGGAUGAGGCGUUUACGGCGCUAUUGCCGCUAGAGUCGUGUCUCGAGAGAACGUGUCUUGGAUUCAUGUCAAAGAAACGAGACGAGGCGAUUCGGUUCCAACGUCGUCCCGUUUCUCGAUCGUCUGUAACAAAGCUCUCCGAUCUACAAAAAUCAAUAGACCAAUGGGAAGGUGGGGAUAUAGCCACCACCUGCUCACAGCUCCUAAUGGAGGGCGAUCUACAUAAAUAUUUGGGCAAACGACGAACUACAGAGAGGCAUGUCUUUCUGCUAGACGGUCUGUUGCUUUGCUGCAAAGCUCAACCAUUAACUCGACGGUCGCAGGCGGCAGAAUUUCGACUGAAAGAACGGUGUAGCGUUUGUAGAUUAGAAGUGUUUGACCGUGAAGACAGCGACGACGGCCGUUUUGCUAUCGAUGUCGCAGACGCACAGAAACGAAUGACGUUGCUGUGUAAGACUCAAGUCGAGAAGAAUGAUUGGAUGGCUGCUCUUGUUGUCUUACACAUACGAAGCGCCCUGGAUCGUACGCUCGACGCCCUUCUGAGAGAAGAGGAACUAGCAGUACCGCUACAGUUGCCGGAUUGUUCACAAUAUUCGUUUGCAGCUCCCGACACAGACUCUAACCUGAUCUUUGAAGACAAUGUUCACGACAGGGGAGGAGCGCCGGUCAUCAAAGGCGGCGUUCUUCACAAACUAGUCGAGAGACUCACGUACCACAAAUAUGCAGAUCCCGCUUUCGUUCGGACAUUUCUCACUACAUAUCGAUCGUUCGUCAAGCCUCAAGAGUUUCUCACGCUUCUCAUCGAGCGUUACUCCAUACCUAAUCCAGUCGAUACUCCAGAACAAAUCGAAGCAGCAAAUCGCGGCGAGGUGCUAGUACGAGAGGAUCUCAAGCGAUUUAAGCGAGAGUACGCGCAGCCUGUCCAGCUGCGUGUGCUCAAUGUGAUGAGACACUGGGUGGAAAACCAUUUCUAUGAUUUUGAGCGCGACAAAGCGCUCGAGGAACGUUUGAUCGAGUUUCUGGAUGGAGUACGAGGAAAGAGCAUGAGAAAGUGGGUGGGGUCGCUGAUGCGAGCAAUACAUCGGCAACGAGACAGCGAGUCAGAAGCGAAGUCAAAGUCACUGAUAUUUGCCACUCCGCCACCUUCCAUUGAAUGGCACUUGACUCAGAAUCCGGACGACUUCAAUCUUAUCACUCUGCAUCCGGUGGAAUUAGCUCGUCAGUUGACGGUCAUCGAAUCCGAGAUGUUCCGUGCCGUCAAACCAUCCGAAUUAGUCGGAGGAGCGUGGACCAAAGAAGAGGAAAAGGAGAAGAACUCGCCCAACUUGCUUCGACUCAUCAAGUUCACAACCAAGAUGACGUACUGGUAUAUAAUCCUCAUCAUCGAGACGGAAUGCUUUGAAGAACGCGUCAGUGUAUUAAGCAGAAUAGUCGACAUAAUGGCAGUGUUGUUGGAUCUGAACAACUUCAAUGGAAUUGUCUCGAUUACGUCGGCUUUCCAUUCAGCCUCUGUGCAUCGACUCGAGCACACGUUUGCUCAGCUCAAGCCGGGUCGUCGUCAGGUAUUAGACGAAUGUAUGGAACUGAUGGCCAAUAGGAAGCAGAAGUGCAAAGAAAAGCUACAUUCAAUCAAUCCUCCCUGCGUGCCGUUUGCCGGGAUCUACCUCACAGACAUCUUAUACAUUGGGGAAGGAAAUAAAGAUCGGUUGACUGUUGAGGGUGCGAACGAGGACCCGAUCAUUAAUUUCAGUAAACGGAGGAUGGUAGCCCAAGUGAUCGGCGAGAUACAGCAAUAUCAAAAUCAGCCCUACUGUCUCGACGUGCAACCCGAUAUCAACAAAUUUUUGUUGAAUUUGGAUCCGGUUCAUGGCUGGACGGAGAAAGAACUGCAGGAGCACUUGUUUACGAAAUCGAAAGAAAUCGAACCAAAGGGCAAACCUCCAACGAGAUAUCCAGCCAAAUGGAAAUGGGACAUGAAGCCACCGCCGAAAAACCGCCACCAAUCCGUGUCCACACUCCCGUCAAGAUCUCAAGUUCAGACGAUGCAGCUGCCGUCUCGAAGCGAAAUGCCGGUUGGUCAGAGACGUACUGUGUCUAGUAGUACUAGCCCGCCUUCGAGGUCUCCGGUGUCUACACCUCCGCCACUCAGUGCACCACCGUUGUCGCCCUUGUCUGUGACGGGGUCAUCGUUUUCACUACCCAAUGUACCCCCUCCCAGCAUCCCGCCUCGAAUUCACCCACGACAGAGCUCAUCGGAAUCGGUAUUCUCAUCAUCGGCUCCCACAUCCGGCUACUAUGGCAGUCCAUUGUCUGACUCGCUUAAUCUUAACUCUCCACCGCUUAUCCCACCUCGAUCGCCUCGUAGACUGAAAGGAUUUCAAGACCUGAAUGCCCCCGUCAUCCCGCCUCGGAGACCCGAGAGCCAAGCCCCGCAGAUCCCACCGCGGGGUACGAAGGAUAGAAGUCUUAGUUUCAAUUAUAGUGUUGCUCCCGAUUUACCACCCCGGAAAAACAAGCCAUAGGAUGCGGAACAAUUUGCUUAUGUGUACAGAAUUUUCGAAAGCAUGGCCGUUGCUGAACUGUGUGGCACUGUUAGUUGUACUCUAGGU